AUUCUCAAACACAUCCCAUCGGUUUUCCAAAUCAAACUUCCGCGACAGCACCACUGCACCGCAAUUGCAGAGCAACAUGGCAGAUGCAGGAACGACAGCCGGCGGUGCAUCAACAGCACCAGCCGCUCCGGUUGCCAUCUUCAAAAAGCGCGGCGCCAAAGGCAAGGCAAACAUCAGGAAACGGCCGGCAACACCACCGCCUGCGGCCGACAGCGAUGACUCGGAUUUCUCGUCAUCGGAGGACGAGGCCGGCCAGAGAAUCAAGCGCAGGAAGCGCAACCCUGGCGCGGUAGUCGCCUCGUCCAAAGACAGCGCCGCGCCCGGCGCUCGCGACGCCGACUUGUCGGCCACGGUCUACGAAGCCGACCGCACCCUGCCCCUCGACAGCGGCAAGCGCGAAGCGACCAAGCAAAGCAACUGGUACGAUGAAGACGCCGCCGACGCCCGAUCCUCGCGGAACCUGCUCGGCUCGACACGCGCGAUGCCCAACAAGGCCAAGGACCCUGCCGACGCGAGCAGCAGCAGCAAGGACAGCAGCGCAGCCCCGGACGGCACGUACAAGGGCCUGGCCAACCAGGCGAGCUACAUCCAGCGCAACCCCAACGCGCCGCCGCGCGUCGUGGGGCCGAUCAAGGCGCCAACCAACAUCCGCACCAUCACCAUCACCGACAUGGCGCCGGACGUGUGCAAGGACUACAAGCAGACAGGGUUUUGCGGCUUCGGCGACACGUGCAAGUUCCUGCACGCGCGCGAGGACUAUGCGCACGGGUGGCAGCUCGACCGCGAGUGGGAGAACGUGACCAAGGGCAAGAAGGUGCUGGGCGGGACGGUGGUGGCCAGCGUCGACAGGAAACUCGCUGGCCGCGGCGGCGGCGGAGACGGCGGCGGGGAAAGAGACGAGGACGAGGAAGAGGCGGCCAUGCUGGAGAACAUACCGUUUGCGUGCAUCAUCUGUCGGGGGCCGUACAAGGCGCCGAUUGUCACGCGGUGUGGGCAUUACUUCUGCGAGAGCUGCGCGCUGAACAGGUAUCGGAGGGAUCCGAGCUGUGCGGCGUGCGGCGCGGGCACGAACGGAGUGUUCAACGCGGCUAAGAGGUUACAGAAGCUGUUGGAUAAGAAGCGAGAACGGGUGGCCAGGAAGCGGCAGGAGGCGAGAGAGGCGGGCGAGGAGGUCAGCGACGAGGAGGAGCAGGAGGAACCAGAGAGUUAAUAAAUAGAUCCCCGAUCUUUCUCGUGGUCAAUCUGUGGUUGUCUGUACUCCGCCUAUCCCGCCUUCCCCCUUGCUUCCAGAAUGCGCCCAUAACUCCGUUUGUCAAGCACCCGUC